ACGGCCCGUAUGUAACGAAGUGUAUUGUGUUUCAACAGAUCCGUGCUUUGAAUUUAGAUAUAAAAGCGAUGGAUUCUUAAUUAUUAAAUAUGUUGUUAUCUCUCUCUUUGACGUUCACGUUAUUAUUCUGCUAUUGGACCGGUACCAUGUAUUAUAUAGAAGGGUCGGUCACUUACAAAUAUUACAAGGAGACACUUGACUUGGUUGGGUUGCGGCCAAACCCUGCCAUUGUACCACAGCAACGAGAUGCGAGGAUAUAUAGAGUAACAAGAGACGUGGGACAGGACACGGGGAACUUGAGCGAAUCGUACGGAGGAGCUAGUUCAAAUUUUAGCGGGAAAUCUCAACAAUUAAACUUGUUGCCAAUUGCAUUCAACGUCACAAUGAACAUCACCAGCACCCACGAUCCGAGUGACAGAAUGGUGACUGACGUCACAGCAACAACUGAAGAUCACCACGAAGACGAAGAAAACCCGUUCGCCCAGAGCCCAUACGCGAUAUUCGGUUGGUCAGUGGUGUAUGGGUUACUAGUCGUUGUAGCUUUGGUGGGAAAUCUUGGGAUCUGCUGGAUCGUCAUCAGGAACAAACGAAUGCAAACCGUCACCAACUUCUUCCUCGCCAGCACUGCGUUUGCGGACUCAAACGUGAUCGGUUUCAACACCGUUUUUAACUUCACGUAUGCUUUGAACAACGAUUGGUAUUUCGGGAAGGCGUUUUGUCAUUUUAUCAACUUUGUGCCGAUCGGGGCGGUCCUUGCUAGCAUCCUUUCUAUCACUGUUAUCAGUUUGGAUCGCUUCGUCGUCAUCAUGUACCCGCUACGUAGGAGGACAUCUCGGAAGACUGCCAAGAUGACGAUCGCUGGCAUCUGGUUGUUUUCGUUGGGUGUGGCUUUCCCUCAAUGUUUCUUCGCCACAAUAACAACGGAGGAAAGUGGGACAAGAACAACAUGCAGCAUACAGUGGCCAGAUGGUGUUUCGGGGCGUAUGCGGUUGGGGUACCAACUUUCGUUCAUGGUCAUCUCAUACUUUCUACCCUUGAUAAUAUUAGCGGUCAGCUACGUUGCCAUGGCGCUUCGUCUGUGUGGAAGCAACAACCAAGUCGGCCACCAAAACGAGACUCAACUGCGCCGUAUAGCGAAUAACAAAAAGGCUGUUCGUAUGAUGAUGUUGGUCGUUGUUGUAUUCGCAAUAUGUUGGUGUCCUUACCACUUGUUCUUCCUCGCUGAUUAUAUAGUCAGUGAUAGCUAUCAUUGGGAGAAAAUACAACAAGUUUAUCUCGCCGUAUUCUGGGUUGCAAUGAGUAGUUCCAUGUACAACCCGUUCAUAUAUUGCUGGAACAACAGUCGAUUUCGCGAAGAGUUUAAACGACUUUGUUGUUGUUUUAAACUUGCUCAUCAACCUAAGUUAAACAUGGGUUUAAGGAAUCGUUCCGUGAAUUAUUCCACUGCGGUGGCGCCAGAGGUCACCGUUCAUUUGCAUUUCGACUCCGACAGAGAAGCAGAGGGGCAUGAGAGACCAUCCACGGCUCAAACCCUGUUAUGAUAGCGCCAGCAAGCGUUGGUUUUGCAUUUGUAGGGGGGAGGAAAAACGUCACCGAGUGGAGAUGUUAUUUCUAUGCUUGUCGUUGCACGCGUGUAGUUUAAACUUUUUUUAAAAUGUUCCGAAAUACCAAAACAGUUCGCAAUGUUUAUAUUAUUUCUAUGAGAUGAGAUUCCUGAAAGCUUUUUUUCAGUGAAAUUCACGCAAAGCGCUGUGGGGUAAGAUGGAUACCGUUGGAAGAUAAUGUGUCAUAUUUCCCAAUCGUCUUUUAAACAAUUAACAACGCUCGUUUCGUAAAAUAUAUAAUUUUGUAAAUAGUUUUGUUUUCUAUCAAAUGGACGAUAAUAGAAAAUAAAAAAUGGACCAUCUUACCCCGUUCUACUGUAAAUUGUGAGAAUAACGAGAAAUAAGAAAUAAAUAUUGGGCGAGGUGAA